UGUUAGAAUCAUUGAACUCGAAUCGACUUCUCGGUCAACUGUCAAACAAACAACAGAAACGGAAGUCGCAACACUGCCAUGUCGAAAGGCGAAACUGCCGUCAACGACACGUUACUCCAAGGUAACAACGGCAGCUUCAACUCAUCCUCCGGCAAUUGCGAUGGCGACAAGAAGAACCCAAAGAAACCCAAGAAAAUGCUCAACGAUCCGCGCUUUCAAAUUAGGCCACUCCAGCAGGUGGCAUCCGCCUGCAGUGGAGCCAUGAUCACGGCCUGUUUCAUGACCCCCUUGGACGUCAUCAAGACUCGAAUGCAGUCGCAGCAGACGCGCUCCAACAAGUGCUUCCUCUACUGUAACGGACUGAUGGAUCAUCUCUUCUCGUGCGGCUCCAAUUCAUACUCAAGCAUGGGUAAGAAUAUGAAGCCACAGUUUACAAGUACUCUGGAUGCACUACUGAAGAUCAGUCGUCACGAGGGCAUCAGUGCGUUGUGGAGUGGAUUGGGGCCUACGCUCGUCUCGGCGCUUCCCUCGACUGUUGUCUACUUUGUAGCCUAUGAGCAGUUCAAGGCCAGAUACAUUGCUAUCUAUAAGAAUCACUUUGCGCCUCCUGUGUCCCUGGGCAUAGACUCUAACCAGAAGGAGCUCCCGCUGGUGGUGCCCAUGCUCUCUGGAGUGACAGCUCGUAUCUUCGCUGUGACCUUUGUCAGUCCCAUCGAGCUGGUCCGCACCAAGAUGCAGUCGAAGAGGCUCAGCUAUGCCCAGAUGAUGAGCUUUGUUCGCAAUGUUAUCGCUUUGCAGGGCAUUACGGGACUGUGGCGUGGCCUGCCACCAACCAUACUGCGGGAUGUGCCCUUCUCGGGCAUCUAUUGGCCCAUCUAUGAGUACCUCAAGAUCUGUAUCAGCGGCAGCAGCGAGCAGCCUUCGUUUGGGCUUAGUUUUAUCGCUGGCGUGUUAUCAGGCUCGGUAGCUGCCCUUGUCACUUGCCCCUUCGACGUGGUCAAGACACAUGAGCAAAUCGAAUUUGGUGAACGGGUCAUAUUUACUGACUCACCAGCCAAGGAGUUAAGCAAGCAGUCCACCUUCAGCCGCCUGGCGUCCAUCUAUCGUGCCUUCGGAUUCCGUGGACUCUUCGCUGGCUACGGACCACGCUUGAUCAAGGUGGCGCCCGCCUGUGCCAUUAUGAUAUCCACUUUCGAGUACAGCAAAUCUUACUUCUUCUAUUACAAUAUUCAUAAACACAAUGCGCAAUUGAUGCAGAAUAAUCCAAAUGCAAAGCUAGUCAAUGAUGAUGACAUCGACUAGUUGGCCCCAGGUUCGAGUCUAUCUUUUCUUUUAUAAAUAAAAAUGAAGUAUAUUUUAUGUUCAAACUUAA